AUGGGCUUGUUCGUUCGCGUCUUCGGCCUUCAGGCUCACGCUGCCAAAAGCAACAAGAACGCUGUCGACGGCGACGUCGCUGCCAAGCACAGCACCACUCGCUCUGCCCUUCGGAAGCCCUACAAGCAGCCCUGGGUGACUGUAAAGGCCACUUCGCACUCUCAGCCUUUGGCUUGCAUCACCAUGCCUGACUCUCACGACGCGAACAAGACGCGCAAGCACAUCAUUGCAUUCACCGAAGAGAGUCAGGGCGCCCAACACCUGGCUACCACUCCAGGCACAGACGGACAACAAAUCGACGCUGUCCCGCUCGCAUCAAAGGGCGUCAGCUACCAGUCCAUCGACAUCGCCACCAGCGAGAAGACGCAGAUUCACAGCCGCAGCGCGUCUGCCUCGAGCGCCGGCACCUCGUCUUCAGCUGGACAAAGCAGCACCCGCACCCUGAAGAGGAAGAAGGGCGUCAUUGGCCUUUCCGAUCAAUACCAGAUCGACGGCAAUUCCAUCCAAGCCGACAACAAACAGCGUGUCAGGUCCAUCUCCGUGUCCCAGGUCUCAUCCAUCAGCACCAUUCGCACAGACACGGACUCAGCUCUUGUCGCCUUCCCCACCUUCAGAUCAGCUGGUCGCCGUGGCACAAAGCUCGAUGGCCUCCUUGAGACCGAAGGAAAGCUCGCGCAAUAUAAGGACGUCGAGGAAAUCCAGGCCGACGAGGGCUUCAACACCGCUGUUCUCGACCUCAAAGGCUGGGCUCUGACCGGCCACAAGAACAUCAUUGGCUACGAGACGUACUCCGAGCAGAGCGUCAUCCAGGAGAUCUACGAAGAGCUUUCCAAGCCCGAGGGCGAGGACUUCGCGACCUCUCCCAAGUCCGCGCGUAACCUGCUCUUUGGAAACUACGAGACGGGACAGUACAAGAUGAUCCGCGCCAGUGACAGCGCGAAGGCCCCUGCGGAGACGAAAAAAUGGUGUUUUGUCACCCUCGGAAGCAGCUUCAUGCGCUUCAUCCAGACCAUUACCAGCGGAGCCGCGCUCCUUGGCGUCUACGAAGCCUCCACUGCCCGGAAAAUAGAUACCAAUACAGAUGAUGGAGAGACCUACGAUUGGGCCGUGUGA